CUGGCGGUCCCGGUCGUCGAUCAGUUGUGCAAGAUCGCUCGAAGAACUAUGUUGGAUUUGGUCUAGCUGCUCAGCCGCAGAGUGGGUUUCUUGUCUAACACAACUAGGUUCGGUUCUGGUGUGCAGUUCAGUUCAGAGUGUGAUCUGUUAAAUUAAUUCUGUGAUCUCAGUGCAAGAAGUUAAGUGAAGCUCGAGUUUGUGAUAUCGGCGUUUCGCGGGAUAGUUUCGCGAAGUGACACCCAAAGUGUACAAGUGUGACGGAGCCUAGUUAUUCAACGGUAACUAACCGUCGUAGUGACACACAAAGCAGAGAGAAGCGAGACAGAGAUGAAGUCGAUAAUUUUAUGCGUCUCGUUUAUGCUGGCAUGCGUUGCAGGUCAACGCAUCACCACAAUCCAGCUGGACGGUGUUCAAUACUUUGUAAGCCGGAUGAACCCGUACUCCCCCGAGCUUAACUACUUCUUGGCCUACCAGUACUGCCGCUCCCUGGGACUCCAGCUGGCCUCGUUCGAAACUAAGGAGAAGGUCGAAUCGAUGACUCAGUACCUGCAGAAUGCCGGCUACAGCAAGUACAACUUCUGGACGUCCGGAAACCGGCUCGGCACCGGAAUGUUCCUCUGGAUGAGCACGGGGCUGCCGUUCAACGCCACCUUCGACUACUUCGAGAAGUCGUCGGACGCCUCGACCGGCCUGGACCCGCUGGACCACAACAGCAACACCUCGCCCCAGCGCACCGCCCGCGACAGCUCUCCUCUUUCCCCCUUCAGCAGCAGCGGCAUCGAGCGGGGAUGUGUCCAUCUGAAGGCGCCCUCGCUCCGGUGGGAACCUGAGGACUGCCUCGCGGUCAAGGACUUUAUCUGCGAGCAAACCCGAUGCUACUACUACAACUACGGCAGCAUCCCUGUUUCGUCCGCGCAGGGGUAAAUAUUCACCCACACACACACUAUCACACAUCCCCCCAAAACGCACGUACACCCUCACACAAACACACACACACACACACGCACAUACCAGUUCCCAACUACUUACUACAACAACAAAAAACAACGAAUGAAUAAAACAAACGGCUCAAGCAAAUCCGCUAAAUUGAAACAACGUCACAAACGCAUUUACCAAUUAUCAACAACAACAACAACAGCAACAACAGCAAAAAAAAAAGAACAAAAGUUGCCAAUAAAAAUAAGCCCCUUUUAUUCGUCUCCACUGGUGAACGCGGAUCCAAACAAUCAAAACAGAACACACAAAAAAAA